ACCAGGAGAGUUAGCUGGGUACUGGUCAGCCCAUCAGAGACAUGGUCGACUGCCCUGGAUAACCCUCUUUCAACCUACUAUAAGACUAGCCAAAUAUGGUUUCACAAUGCCCCGGUUCACUGCCAAGGCUCUGUCAUGGUGGAAUAUGAACAAGAAGGACCUCACAAAGGAUGAGUCACUGUGUGAAGUGUUUUGCAAGGCUGAUGGAACAGCGAAGCAACAAGGUGAUAUUCUAUACAUGCCAACACUAGCUAAAACAAUGGAGAUCAUAGCCAAGAGUGGCCCACAAGAGUUCUACAAUGGCAGUCUCACAGACACAGUCAUAGCUGAACUGAAUUCAUUGAAAAAAACCAAGUUUGCCCCAAAAAAGGUUUUCCACAGGAAAGACUUCACAAAAUAUCAAGUUAAGAUAAGGGAGCCAUUUAAAACGAGACUGGGAAACUUAACAAUGUAUGCUCCCACUACCCCUGGGGGUGGACCAGCAAUAGGCUUCAUGUUAAAGCUCAUGGAAGGUUUCAGGCUGUCAGAAAAAGAUACACAUAGUUUCUUGUCUAAAGCUAAUGUGGUUCAUAAGAUGACUGAAGUGAUGAAAUAUGGUGUUGCACAUCGGAUGAAACUUGGUGAUACAGAUGUGAAACAUGUCCUCAGAAAUAUGAGCAAUGAUGCGUACAUACAAAAUAUAAUGAACAAGAUCCUUAACUGUACACAUCCUGCCAGUAACUUUAAAUACUACACAAAGAGGCUGUCAAAACAAGACAAAGGCACCCUACAUAUAUCUGUAUUGGCUGGUAAUGGUGAUGCAGUCUCGGUAACUUCCUCGAUCAAUUCACCGUUGGGCUCAUUUCACAGAUCUAGGGCAACAGGAAUAAUAUUCAACAAUCAAAUGAAUGACUUCACAUAUUCUACAGUUUCUGCCAGAUAUAAGAAUACCGAUGCUAAUCUGGUAGGACCAUCCAAGAGACCUCAAUCCUCCCAAUCGCCAUCUAUAUUUGUAGAUGAUGCCGGAGAGGUGAGAAUUGUCAUAGGGGCUGCAGGAGGUAUACAUAUAACGAACGCUCUUCUACAGGUUUUAACUGGAAUGUUCUGGCUGGGGGAAGAUGUAGCUUUUGCAAUUAACAAACCAAGGAUAACAAACACUUUGUAUCCAUACAAACUGAGGCAUGAACAGGAUUUCAAUGUGCUUCUACUAAGCCACUUGAGGAGCAUGGGACACAAAACAGCACUGUUCUACCCCCUGCCUUGUAUAUCCAGAGUGGAGUGUAUUGUACAGCAUAAUAAUGGCACAUUUGAAACAUACACAGACCGUAGACAAUUUGUGACAUAGUU